CAAACAUGGAUUUCCGGUCUGUCAGAGAGAAAUGUUUAUUUUGUAAAAAGUACAAGUAAAUCAAUGAUUUUCCAGGUUAAUUUGCGUUUAAAGCCAUCAAAAUAAUCGGCGUUGGCUCGUCUAUAGCCAGCAGACGCACAUCAAUAUGAUGCAUCCACUGUUCAGUGAAGUUUUAACUCAUAAAGAUUUGUCGAAGGCUGGUGAAUUAUUUACUGUAGAAGAUAAUGAUAUCGAGCAUGAUUUAUCAGAAGUUGUGGAUAGAAUCUAUGAGAUCGCUGAUCAGAAGGGAUACGAAGAUAGCGAUAACGAUCAGAGUGUCGUUGAAAUCUGUAUAACCCGAGUUACCACGGCAAUAAGAGAGACACAGAGUAUUGAAGAACACGCCCGCGCUCUUGUCAAACUGCUGGAGAUGUGUCAUAGACACACUCUGACGACCAGUCCUAGAGAUGAAGAUCCACCACAUGCUAAAAUAGCCUCUGAUAUCAUGUCCUGUUUAUUUCUGCACUAUAACAAGACAGCUGUGAUGAAAUUAGCCAUUCCAGCAGUUGUACAUUACUUAGAUUGUGAUAAUAAGGAAUUGGCAUGUAACGUUUCCAGUUAUCUUUCUUUGGCGGCCAUUGAUAAUGCCGAUCUGUUAGCCAAACACAUGCCCUUACUUGUAACCAGUGUAUUAAAAGGAAAUUAUCUACUGAGUAAAGUUUUACCCCAGAUUUUUACCCAGAAUCCCGAUCCAGUUAUCCGCCAUAUUGAUUGUCUGGUGGGAACGUUAGAUAAAUGUGAAGUCAUAGAACAAGUCAGUUUAAUUCAGCUGUUUAGUCUCGUAGCUAAACAUCAACCAGAGGUCCUGGAUAAACAUUACAACAAGUUGUGUGAAUUUUUAUCCAGUGGUUUAACAGCUUCUACGGUUAUAACUAUUUUUGUUGACAUGGCCAAACAGAAUCCAUCAGCCUUCGUGGAUAGACUGGAUGACCUGAAAAAAUUCAUGGAUAACCAGCCUCCAUUAACAUAUUCUGUCAUACAAAUUAUCGGGGCUGUUGGAACCCUGAAUGAGACGGAAGCUGAUCGAUCUCUCAAAUAUUUCUCAUCCAUGUUGGCAUCCUCCGAAGAUUCAGCCAUUCCCAUGAUUCUUCAGGAUAUGCGUGCUAUAGGUUUGACACAUCCCGAAUUACUCACACCAUAUAUGGAAGAAGUGAAUAAACUAUCAGAGAAUGCGUCAAGUGCUGUCCGUAUUCUCGUCCAAUCAAUGAAAGACGAUCAACAAAAAUAUUUAACAGAGAAAGAAAUGAUAUCAGUUUCAAGUCAGACUGUUACGGUUAUAACAGUUGGUAAUCCACCAAACGCUAUACAUCCUAGUGGUACUGUAUCUGUUAAAACUACAGUUCUCUCCCCUAACACGGCAGAUAGCGAUCUCAGUUUACCGAAGUCUAUCAGAACUAGUGAAAGAGAAUCAGAAAGAACGAGUAGUCCAGCGUCUACUCUGGUAUCGGAGAGAUUAUCUAUCAAUAGUAACCUAACUACAGCUUAUUUAAAUCAGAACGAACCAGUGCACGAUGGGGUUCAACAUUUCUGUGAGAAGCAUUUUACUACCAUACAGAAUUAUGUCGAGAAAAUUAGUGCACGAAUACCUCUUCCUAGUAAAUGUAGUGUUGUUAAUGGUAAACAUCGGAGAUAUGUUAAACUACAUUUUCAGUGUGCUAGUCAACUUGAUCAUUGUUUAUAUGGAAAAUCUCAGUUCAGCUUGGAUACAUUUCAACCAAAAAUAUGGCUUCAUCUCAUGUUUCUCUCUAUACAGGCUCAGUCGUCAUCUGCAUUAAGUCAACGUGAUAACAACGUGGCUUGUUUAAAAGUUUGCUGGGAUGCUUUAAAGGGUGAAAGGUCAGAUGGAACAUUUUUAACGUUAGUGACAUCAGCAUUUCCUUCUGUGAAGGAUCAGGAGACAUUAACACAAGAAUUACAUGAAGCGAGAUAUUUUGAUAUUUUUGAAUUUAACGCUUUAAAUAAACAAUGGAGUUGUUUUAUGUGUAAUCAUCCAGAAAAAGUUAAUGGAUUAUUACAAGAUGGACUUCCAUUAAUAGCGGGUCAGUUAAAAGAAAAGAAAGGAAAAUGGAAAUUUUUAAAAAGAUGGAAGACUCGAUAUUUUACUCUUUCAGGUGGACAAUUUACCUACAGUAAAAGUGAUCUGCGAAAAGAGACGUUACCUGUGAGUAAAAUACAAAGUGUUAAAGCCGUCAGGAAAGGAAUACGCGACAUACCGAAAGCAUUUGAAAUAUUCACGGAAGAUCAGACAUAUGUAUUUAAGGCCAAAGGUCAUCAGAAUGUGGAACAAUGGGUGCAGUGUUUACAUAUCGCGGUGGCACAUUCCCAGAAUGCACACACUACCGAUACCGACAAAAAGGCUCCGGACAGGCCUAGAAGUAUGGUGGUAGAAAGGCCAAGGUCAUUAAUAACAGACACCAAGUUAUAGCGGAAAUAAAAUGGGACUGGCCUUUUGUGAAAUCUUUUGGGAAGACAUUCGGGGAAUACUCAGUUGAAGAUUCUACUUUAGAAGUCUCUUGAUCCCAGAAAUACCGACAAAUGAGUGAAUCAAAAGAGGGGUUCGGGCCACAAUGCAUGCAUGGAUUGAAUAAGAGAAUAUUUCAACCAAUCACGACAGCUGAAACAUAUUCGUUGUGUUUAAUUACGUUACCUCAUUGAUCAGUAGACGGGGCUGACCGAACUAUGACAGGACUGAAUUCUGUGUCAAUUAAAAACGUUCCAGAUUAACAAUCAGCCCCCGCCAGGUGUUUGUAUACAGAAAACCGCUAUUACCUUAUGUUCGUACAAAUUGUUCUUCUUUUUCUAUUGGUGUUUAGGGGGGUUGGAUGGCCAAAUGGUUAGCAUGCGUGCGCUGUAUCAUACGGUCUGUCAUUGAGUCAACUGGCGGGGUUUCGAUUCCCCGGUUGUACGUGACAAGGAGUAGGGUCGCCUGUCCAACCUCGUAGAUUUUCUCCGGGUCCUCCGGUUUCCUCCCACUGCUAAAAAGCCCCCUACACCCAAGCGAAUUAUUGAAAUAAAAUGACCUCCUUUGUGCCCCAUUUUUCUUUCUUUCUCUCAAAUGCAGUAUGGUAGAUAGAUAGGUUUAUUUGGCACAAACCAAACAUAAUAAUCAGAAUAUUAUUAUUAAUUUAUAAAGUUAAAUGUCAUAUUUUAUUGUUGAAUUUCUAGAGUUUAUUGAUUCGUUGUUAAUUGUAAUUAAAAUACGACAUUGUACAUUUAAACAUCAUUGUAUUUACUCUUAACUGUUGUAGUAAUACUCAGUUAAACCUUUCGAUCCUGCAAAAAGAAUCCUUGGCAGUUGGAAUUCGAUAUAAGAGAAGGCCAUAGUGCCACUGUGUAGGCAAAAUUUCCCUCAUAGCACACUGUAUGCCCACUGUAUGAUACAUUAUGGGAGAUUAGAUAAAGAGCUGGUAGUUCUUACUAUAAUAGUUAAAAAAUAGCUAAUGUAAAGGAAAUUUUCUGAAAAUUUCAGUCAAAUUGAUCCACUAUGAUCCAAGAUUUUAGCGAUUGAAAUUUUCGACCUAGCCUCGAACAUCAUUACUAAAGUCGGUAGGAUAAAAAAAAACAUAAUCUUGAUUAUCCAUUUCUUGAUUUAAUUAGGAAUGGAAGUCGAACAGCAAAUCGGAAUCUAAUCCAAUAAACAUCGCAGGCUAGCGAUGCCAUCGAGAGUUGAUUAUGGUCUGGAUAAGUUAAUGUCUAAUUAAUAAUUUAGAUAACAUUUUGAGGCCUAAAGAAAGAUCUGCAAUAGGCAGAUUAGACUAUUGAUAUUGUAAAGAUGAAUUAAUAUUAAUAUGAAUUAUUAGUGUAGUGUCCUGUUAUUCAUUAAUUACCCAGGAUGUAAUGUUGACAUCAAGGGUUUUCCUUUUCAAUUGAAUUCACUUUUAUCUAAGUCAUGAAACACUAUUUAUAAAAGCAAUUGUUUAAUAUUUUUCCUGUUUUGUUAUUGGGUGUUAUUUAGAAGGUUUCCUUUUUCUGAGAGAAAUUAGGACAUAAAUCAAGUACCGGUACUACUUUAUGUCUCUUUCAAGGAAGCUGAAAUGGUUAUUAAAUAACUCAUAGCACUCUAAAUGGUGUACCGGUACAUUUAUUACUGUAGUCUGUGCAGAAACGCAGGACAUUAGACCCUAUUUAGGACAUUAAACCCUAUUUGAUCCCCGGUUGUACGUGGCAAGGAGUAGGGUCGCCUGUCCAACCUCGUGGGUUUUCUCCGGGUCCUCCGGUUUCCUCCCACUGCUAAAGACCCCUACGCGCAAGUGAAUUAUGUAAAUAAAAUCAAACCAUAUGUUAGUCCCGAAAUGACCUAGUUUGUGUCGAGUGGAUGUUAAACCCCAUUUCUCCCUCUCUCCCUCUUAAACCCUAUUUGGGGCCACGGUGGGUAAGAUGCUGACUCACAAGCCUGGAAAUGGGGUAUUUUCGAUCCCUGCAUUGGCCGAGAAAGUUCAUUGGGAUUUUCUGACUUGGUGUCCCAUGGUCAGUUGUGCAGCACAGAGGGAUGAAAAACCGAGGUCCCGUGUAUACAUUGGCAUGCACGUAAAAGACCCCUUGGAAUUCGAUAUAAGAGUAGGUCAUAGUGCCGAUGCCCAGGCGUGCACGUAAAAGAUCCCUUGGCAGUUGGAAUUCGAUAUAAGAGUAGGCCGUAGUGCCGCUGUCCGGGCAAAAUUUCCCUCAUAGCACACUGUAAAUCAUAUGCCUGUCUUCAUUAGCCCAGGUUAGGAGCAGAACAGUAGGACGUUAAACCCCAUUUCAUUUCAUUUUUAAACCCUAUUUGUUUUGGUGUUUGGAUUUGAAUGGAUGUGAAAUUUAAACAGAUUGUUGUAUAGUUUCCCUAUUAUAUUGUUAAAUAUUUUAUAAAAUGUUUAUAUGAAAAGGUUGUGAAAUGUGUGAUUCAGAUAUU